AUGAUUCGGAACUACUUAUCUACUUUCCUACACUACAAACGGGCUUUCAUCCUCUUGACAGUCACAUUCACGCUGUUAUUUUUGGGAAUCAAUUUGUUGUUAGUUCCCACACCGAAUGUGACCCAUAUGAGUUACACAGCCCGCACUCAGUUCUGUGCACCAAAUCCUCUAGACCGAGAUCAGGCCGCUCGUGGACAUGUGUGGCUGACUGCUUCUAAUUUGCCGUUUCUAGUGGAUGAAUUGAUGCGAAUCAACCUUUCGGUUCGAAAUGAACUAGUUGAGUUGGAUCAACGACGGCGUGAUUUGCUUGCUGGUGUUGCAGCCGCACAAGCUCAAGUCGAACAUGUACGCUCGUUGCUGUAUGAACAUAGCCGACAAUUUAUGCGUUUACGGGCCGCGUUGCAUUCUUAUGAGUUGUCAUUACGCGAUAAACACUCGUCUGACCUGGGAGUAUUGCAUCAGCCAUGGCCCAUAGGUCAUAUCAAAGACGAGCAGCAGCAUCAAGUGACGCCGAGGAUCUCUAUCCCAUUGAAAUCGUGCACAUUGAACAGUUGCUUGAACUGGAACAAUUGUCCAGUGAAUUCGUUUCUUCGAGUUUGCAGACCACACAUUGACCCUAUGGCUAGUUCGGGUCUAUGGGUCAAGGAAUUUAUGCGGUCCAAUCAUUUUAUUUCUGAUUGUUCCGACCGACGUCACCAAGUCUGUUUGCAUGUCGCAUUUACUGUGACUGAAGCACAAAACUGUAUAUUAAAAACCGGCCGGUCUAAUCCAACUACAUGUCUAGUGAUUCUCACGGAACUAGCUCAGGCAGAGGAUCUUCUUCAUGGUCGAGAACAAGGACAUGCAUUUCUCCUGGCCGCUCCGUACUUUUUGUCUGGAAGUCAUUUUCAUUUCAGUCUGGAUUUCUUUCUCCCAGUUCCAUUUGAUCGAAUGGAACGAGGAUUUGGCCUAAACCAGUCCAGUCCACCACCACACCUGAUUCCGGGGUCUCGUUCCCACUUGCUCGGAUUUUCCGCGGGACGAUCCAUACCGCACACGGUUGUUGCUUUAUCCGAUGGUUUCGAAUCGGUCGUGUUGCACUCACUAAAAAAACUAUCCGAAUCCUCGGCACAACUUGGUUAUCGUUUGUCCAUGUACGAAACACAAUCCGAACUAUUGACCUGUUGGCCGUCAGACAUGAGACAGGUGUUCUCCAACCAUAUGUUCGCCGAGAGAGAUUGGUUCCCCUGCAGUGAUGCUGUGCAGCUACUGUCCAAAUCCACGUUCGGUUUGGUUCUUCGCGCGAACGCCUUGGCCUCAACGGAACUACCCGCCUCACUGGGUUGGAAUGUUCAGCUAGUGCUCUGUUUAGCCACCGGCGCAAUACCUGUGCUUCUUGGACCUGGUCCUUUACCUUUCGGAGAAGCUAUCCCAUCCGAACUGUGGUCUCGUGCCAUACUUCGUCUACCGAUUGCACGCGUUUCCCAAUUGACAGGGAUCCUGCAAUCCAUUCCAGAGCAUCAUCGUGUUGAGAUGCGCAGACAGGGCCAGAUCAUCUAUCGCCGUUACUUUCAAGGUGUUCCAGCUCAAGUCAACUCGUUACUGUUGGCCGUAGGUCGACGUCUCGGUCUUCCCCAACCUCCAGCACCGGCUUGGUCUUCACGACCGGCUUUUUCCCAUUCCGAUUUCAGUCCGUCCAAAUACUAUCAGGUUCCUGCUCAAUCCACCUAUCAGACUGAUUUGGAUGAUUUUCUUGGUCCGGUUGGACCGACCCAACCGUCACUGCGGUUUCAGGCCAAUUUCACUGACCCCGGUGGUGCAGCUCAUCUCGGGUUGGUCAGUGUGGACGGUGCCGAUCGAAUUAUUCAUCCUUUCUGGUCCUAUCCGUCCACACCGUGGGACGUACCGAUGCCCUCGGAUGCUGCGCACAGUCCAAAUGCACGAACCAAUCACGGACUCCGUCCGAUCAAUCACACUAUCAACUUAGCUGGUUUUGAGUUCAAUAUGAAUUUGGGUGGAACGUUUCCGUACGAGCAGUUCACUAUUGUUAUGCUAACUUACGACCGUUUCGAAAUUGCCUGUCGCACCUUGGAAGGCUUGCUAAACCUGCCAUACGUGCAUUCUGUGGUGGUUGUGUGGAACCACCCGGUUCCUCCUCGAUCCGAUCUAGCCUGGCCGCAACUCCAUGUUCCGAUCAAAGUAGUUCACAUGCAUAACAACAGUCUCAACAAUCGAUUUUUGCCACACGAUGUGAUCGAAACGGACUGUAUUUUGUCUGUGGAUGAUGAUAUCCAAUUGCGUCAUGAUGAAAUUGUGUUUGGAUUUCGGAUUUGGCGUGAGAAUCGUGAUCGGCUCGUUGGAUUUCCGGCUCGAGCGCAUUUCUGGAAUGCGACCACACGCGAAUGGUACUACAAUUCGGACUACACAUGCGAGUUCUCGAUGGUUCUGACCGGUGCCUCGUUUUUCCAUAAGUAUUACACCUACGCUUAUACAUGGGAGAUGCCAAGCCAAAUUCGUGAAAUGGUCGAUCGACAUUUCAACUGUGAGGAUCUGGCCAUGAAUUUCCUAGUUGCACAUCUCACCCGAAAACCACCGAUUAAAGCAACUAUACAUUGGUCGUUUACUUGUCCGUAUUGUGCGAAAACUCUACAUGAUCAACCGGGGCAUUAUGAGACUCGAUCGAAGUGCCUGAAUCACUUGACCGCAUGGUAUGGAUACAAUCCUCUGUUGUACAGUCAGUAUCGAGCGGAUUCACUUCUGUUUAAGACCCGCAUCCCGAGCACGAAACAGAAAUGCUACAAGUUUAUCUAA